UCGCCCGAAGCCAUCCCCAAGGGCGCACAACCCGUUACAGGCAGCCACUCUUCAGCUUUUACAUCGUUCCACGGCUUUGCUCUGCAGCUAGUCGGUGCCACGUAUAUGGCCCUAGGUACCACGGCUUGCUCUGCUGGCUUCCAAAUUCCCUCGUCCCGCCUUUUCUCCGCCGUAGAUUCUCCCAGUCUCCUGGCGAUCCAGCGGCUCCCGUUCGCGGCACCGGCCGUCGUAGCCGCGCGAGAUUGCGCGCAGGGUGUACGCGCAGCGGGGGAGCCCACGCUCAUCGGGAGCAGUCUCGCGGCCUCCGUAACCGCGCGGGCUCGAGCGCGGAGGGGGAACUCCGCGGAAGCCGCACGCGGCGGGGAACGACGGCCCGCGCGCGCGGGAAUGGCGGAGGGGGAGAGUGCGGAGAAACCGCUGUUUUCGUUUGGCGUGGUGGCGGACAUCCAAUACGCGGACAAGGACACGCGCACGUCAUCGGACGGCAGGCAGCAGCGGUAUCGGGAGGCACCGGGCAAGCUGGCAGCAGCCGUGGCGGCAUUCAAUGAGGCGCAACCACUGCUGAGCGCAGUGGUGACGCUGGGCGACAUAGUGGACGGCAGGGACACGGAGGAGAGCACUCUUGAAGACUUCCGAGUCGUGCUGGGGGAGCUGGCGAAGCUCCAUGUCCCCACCGUGCAUCACACCCUUGGCAACCACUGUCUCUACGUGCCGCGCGACAUCCUCCUCUCCAGCCUCGCCCUCGCCCACCCCUUCUACUCCGCUGCGCUCCCUGCCAACUGGAGAUUGCUCGUGCUCGACUCCAUGGACGUCAGUCUCAAGUGGCCCUGCGACUCUGAAAACUAUCAAGCGGCAGAGGCGUUUCUGGAGACGCAGCACGCGGCGGGCAAGGAGGGGGACAAUCUGGUGCCGUGGAAUGGCGCAGUGGGGCGCGCACAGAUGGACUGGCUGCGGCAGCAGCUGAAGCACGCAGAGGAGCAAGGGGAGCGAGUGGUGGUGGCGCUGCAUCACCCCGUAGCAGUGGGGUCGGCUCCUGAUGACCUGCUGGCAUGGAACCAUGCUGAGAUCUGUCAGCUACUCGUGGACUCCCCGCCAGUUGCCCUCGUUCUAGCAGGCCACUACCACCCGGGGGGCUAUGUGUGCAUGGGUGGCACGCAUUUCCUCACACUAGAAGCCAUUCUCGAGGCUCCCGAAGGCUCUGACGCGCACGGAAUAAUGGAUGUGUACAGUGACAGGAUUGAGCUGAGGGGCUAUGGAUUUGUGGAGUCAAGAGUGUUUCGGCUAGACGAGGGGAAUGCUACUACUACUGGUAGCAGUACCAGUGUAGAAGCCACUGAGAUUCCUCCAGCAGAAGAGGACUGUACAGUGGCACCUGAACUAGUCUAGUAGUGGUUGACCUCAUGUCAAGACUUUCUUGUUUCCCUUCUACAUGCCAAUGUAAUGUACUCACAUGCGUAGGAUUGUAGGUGCAUAUUUGUACAGGAAUGGAGGAAAUACAAGCCUGUAACUGUG